GCUAAUGCUAUUCAGUUUCUCUUUUAAAAAUUUCAAUUCUAGGAUUCUGUUUCUAUCUUUUGAUCUAUUUAUAGAUCACUUUCCAAAUUCAGACAACUAUAGAGCUCUCUAUAAAUUGGAACUCCUUUAAGGGACAAUCAAAAUCAAAUCCCCCAAAGUCUGGAUUUUUAUUUAAACCAAAAAAAAAAAGGGAGAAUUCCAAAGAAUAUGAGAGGCGUAGGUGUCAUUGUAUUGCUUGCAAUUGGGUUGUUGUGCAGUGGAGCUUUAGCCAAGCAGUCCAAGAACACAAGGCCUGUAAUCAACAGGGAAGAUUUCCCCAAAGAUUUCAUCUUUGGUGCUGCAACUGCUGCUUACCAGUGUGAAGGCGCUGCCCAUGAAGAUGGAAGAGGACCGAGUAUUUGGGAUACUUUCUCCGAGAAGCAUCCGGAAAAGAUAAAGGACGGUAGCAACGGGUCAGUUGCAGACAAUUCUUACCACCUUUACAAGGAAGAUGUCGCCAUUUUGCACAACUUUGGCUUCGGCGCCUACAGAUUCUCCAUCUCCUGGUCCAGAAUUCUGCCCCGUGGGAAUCUAAAGGGAGGAAUCAACAAGGCCGGCAUCAACUACUACAACAACUUGAUCAAUGAACUUCUGUCCAAAGGAAUUAAGCCGUUCGUCACAAUCUUCCACUGGGACACCCCGCAAGCCCUCGAAGACGCUUACGGCGGUUUCCGUGGAUCCCAGAUUGUGAACGAUUUCAAGGACUACGCCGAACUGUUGUUCAAGACAUACGGAGACAGAGUGAAGCACUGGAUAACGUUGAACGAGCCGCUGACGGUCGUGCAACAAGGUUACGUAACCGGUUCCAUGGCGCCUGGAAGGUGCUCCAAGUUCACCAACCCCAACUGCCUCGGUGGGGACGGAGCCACCGAGCCUUAUAUCGUCGGCCACAACUUCCUCCUCGCCCAUGCUGCAGCCGUCAAGGUCUACAGAGAGAAGUACCAGGCAACUCAAAAGGGUCAAGUGGGUAUCGCCCUGAACGCGGGUUUCAACAUUCCUUACACAAAUACACAUGCCGAUAGGCUUGCCGCGGGAAGAGCCAUGGCGUUCACGUUGGACUAUUUCUUGGAGCCGCUCGUCUCCGGGAAAUAUCCGGCCGAGAUGGUGAGCCACGUCAAGGGCGGUCGCCUACCAACCUUCACCGCUGAACAGUCCAAAAUGCUCAAAGGAUCGUACGAUUUCAUCGGUAUCAACUACUACUCGUCCACCUACGCCAAAGACGUGCCUUGCACCACCCAAGACGUGACCAUGUUCUCCGAUCCAUGCACCGAAGUCACAGGCGUACGAAAUGGAGUGCCGAUAGGUAAAAAGGCUGCAUCGGACUGGCUUCUGAUUUACCCCAAGGGAAUUCGUGAUCUCCUCCUCUACACUAAGUACAAGUUCAAUAACCCGGUCAUGUACAUUACCGAAAACGGAGUCGAUGAGUUUAACACUGGUGUAGUCUCCCGAAAAGAUAACGAUAGGAUCGAUUUCUACGCUCACCACCUCAAGAUGGUCCACGAAGCUAUCAAGAUUGGAGCGAACGUGAAGGGAUUUUUCGCAUGGUCGUUGCUAGACAACUACGAAUGGGCAGCUGGAUACACUGUCCGGUUCGGGCUGGUGUACGUCGACUACAAAGACGGUCAGAAGAGGUACCCCAAGAAAUCGGCUAAGUGGUUCAGUGACAUCCUCAAAGGAAACAAGAAGACAAAUCCCCGUGUUCAAGAGUUGAAGAACUGAUCUUAAUUAAGACAACAUACUUCACCGGUUUUUAAUAAAAAAUGGUCUUCAAAAAUCUGCGAUUUUAGCUGCAAAUCCGUUCGGAUUUCGAUUCCUAUUUGAGAAUGUGAAGCUUCUGUGUAUAAACUCAAUUUCCGGCGAUGUGAGGAGUCAAAAUACUAUGAAACAUUCGCACAAGAACAGUUUAAUAGGGAAAAUGUUUUUCUAUUA